AUGGAAUCCUCUGGAAUUCCCUCGAAAAUACAUGUUAGCGAAUCUGCUAGAUCUCAGGCAAUCAAAACAAAUCCUUCAUUUUUAUUUACAGAAAGGGGAAAUAUUGAAAUGAAAGGAAAGGGAAUGAUGAGAACUAAUUUUUUGGAAAGAAAUGAUAGAAAAAGUGUUUGGGAAAUUUGUGACAGACCUAGACAAGCACACCAAAGUAUUGAUGGUUAUCAGGUCUAA